AUGGGCUCCAUCGCCCCCACCAAGCCCUCCAUCCUCUUCGUCACCGCCAACCUCCCCACCCCCGAAGACGAAGCCGCCAUCUGGAUCGGCAAGAUAGAAGCCUACCUCUCGGACCCGCUCUGCGCCCUCCGCGCCCGCGGCGCCGCCGUCCACCUCCGCACCUUCCAAGACCCCGGCCUCACCGCCGAGGCCAUCGCCUCCACCUACACGCACGUCCUCUUCCUCGCCGCCGACAAGUACAUCCACCACAUGCGCGCCUUCACCACCCUCCUCGCCGCCACCCUCCCCGCCGCCCAGCGCCUCAACCCGACGCUCCGCAUCCACAACCCGCCCGCCCUCGCCGCCUGGAAUGCCAACAAGACCUACCUCGCCGAGCUGCAAGACUCCACCACCGCCCGCAGCACCACCUUCCACGUCCCGCGCACGUCCUUCCUCGACCCGCGCACCACCUCCGCCGCCGCCCUCGCCGCCCACCUCGCCGCCGACCCGCACGUCGCCGCGUCGCCAUCCACCCCCGUCGUGCUGAAGCCCAGCAUCGCCGCCAGCGGACACAGCACGCACCUGAUCCGCGCGCCGCUGGCGCUCGUCGCCGCCGACGUCGCGGCGCUGGAGGCGAUGCGCGCGGCGGCGCAGCCGGGGGCGAUGGUGCUGGUGCAGGAGUACCUGCCGCGGGUGGCGGCGCGGGACGGGGACGGUGGCAGCGGCGGGGAGUGGAGCAUGGUGGUGGUGGCGGGGAGGUUGACGCACGCGGUGAGGAAGAGGCCGCGGGCGGGCGAGUUUCGGAUCAAUUCGGCGUUUGAGGGCGUGUGGGAGCCGAUGGGGGCCGAGGGCGAUGAGCGGGUGCCGGAGUGUGGGAAGAGGGUGGCGGGGGAGGUGUGGGAGUGGCUGGUGGGGAAGGAGAGGGCGUUGAAGGCGGAGAGGGGGGAGGAAGGGGUGCUGGGGAGGGAGGAGCUGUUGUAUGCGCGGGUGGAUGGGGUGGUGGGCGAGGAUGGCGAGUUUGUGUUGAUGGAGGUGGAGCUGAUUGAGCCGUGGUUGUGGUUGUUGGAUCGAGAGGGGCAUCCGGGGAGGGAGGGGUUGAGGGUGUUUGUGGAUGCGCUGGUGGGGGAGGAGGGUGGGGGCUUGAAGUGA